GGCAUUGUCCAUUUGAAAAAAUGACAAUCGGUAAAGUCACGAUUUUGCUCUGCAGCUUUCUGCUGUUCCUGGUGCUACCCGUACAGUCGGCACCUGGUAAACUAAACGGCCGAGUGGUGGGCGGUGAGGAUGCAUCGAAAAAUCAGUUUCCCCACCAGGUGUCCCUCAGAAAUGGUGGUUCCCACAGCUGCGGGGGUUCAAUUCUGACCAGAACCUACAUCCUAACCGCCGCCCAUUGUGUGUCCAACGAGGACGAGAACCAUGUGAUUACGCCAAUCGCAGCUGAGCGUUUUACCAUUCGAGCGGGCUCCAACGACCGUUUCAGCGGUGGAGUCCUCAUCCAGGUGGCCGAGGUGAUUGUCCACGAGGAAUACGGCAACUUCCUCAACGACGUGGCCCUGCUGCGACUAGAGACACCCCUGAUCCUGUCCACGAGCAUUCAGCCCAUCGAUCUACCCACUGUGGACACGCCAGCGGACGUGGAUGUCGUCAUCUCCGGCUGGGGAAGGAUCAAGCACCAGGGAGAUCUGCCCCGCUAUCUGCAGUACAACACCCUGAAGUCGAUUACCACGGAGCAGUGCGAGGAGCUGAUCGAUUUCGGAUUCGAGGGUGAGCUCUGCCUGCUUCACAUGGUGGACAAUGGUGCCUGCAACGGCGACUCAGGUGGUCCGGCCGUGUACAACAACCAACUGGUGGGCGUGGCCGGAUUCGUCGUGGACGGGUGUGGGUCCAGCUAUCCGGAUGGAUAUGCCAGGGUCUUCUACUUUAAGGACUGGAUCAAGAAGCACUCUGAUGUCUAAGAAUAUAAAACAAGAAAAUACUUUUGUUAAUCAAGCUUAGCACA